AUGACUAUCUAUGUGAGUGGCAGUACAAGACUGAGGACUACUUGGACUUGCUCUGUCUGCCCAAAGGAUGGAGUCUACAAAUGUCACAGCUGCAUGGGUAAGCUGCUCUUCUGCACUCAUUGCUAUAGGAUAGUUCAUAGCUACAUGCCAUUUCAUUGGAUUAGUCAAUGGACUGGGGGAUUCUUUGAGGACACUUCCUUGACAAAGAUCGGGCUGGAAAUCCACCUUGGUCACCAGGGAAAGCCUUGCCCUGAAGUGACUGAAGAGUGA